ACUAGAUCCACCCUUCCCCCAGCCCAGCUCCCUUGUCUCCUCCUCCUGCUUCCUUCACUCGCGCUCCUCCCCUCACCCCGCCCUACGCCCUCUUUUCCCCCAUCUCCUCCGCUUCCACCCAAGCAACCGCUACCUUCGCGCCUCCUCUCUGUAUCCCAUCUCCUUCUUUCUCCCCACAUUUCUUUCCUUACUAUGUCCCUCCUCCCUAUUCCCUCCAUUUUUCUCCCUCCCCUCUGCCCCUUCUUUGCUUAAGGGUGGGUUAUCUUUGCCUGAGAGUGGACUUCCGUGUUAGUUAAAGGCCCUGCCCCACAAACUUAUCUAGUGCCAGGAGCACAGUAGUUCACAGUAGAAGCUAAACCUAAUGAAGGACUGAAAAGAGCUCUAAAAAGGUCUUUCAGUCCAUUUUACAUAUGGGAAAGGGAGACCCAGGGAAGUUUAGUUAUGGGCCUUUAGCUCAUUUAUAAACUAGAUCACAUUGAUCUGAGGCCCCUUCCCUUCACCAUGCCUUUUCUUCCCAUUCCCUAAAUGACUAGAGGUUGGAGGAUUUUUAAUUUAUGACUCUUUGUCCCUAGCAUCUAGGACAUCCACCUAGGGAACAUAAUGGUAAUAUACUUGUUGAUACUUGUGGGAGGCAGUAUCUUGGAAGUCACGAAGACUUGAGUUCAAAUCCCACCCGACACUCACAAGAUCCCUAACUAUACAACUAAGUUUAACCUUCUAGCCAUUCUGAAGGCCUGGUGUGGGGCACAGAUUCCAAAAUUCCUCUCCUUGACAAGGCUGUAGAGGCAAGCCAUGUUAUCCUGGUAGGGGUGAGAAUCUCUACAUCCUCUCUUUCCUCCCAAACAUUCUGCCCCUUGUAGGUUAGGGGCUGGACCAUGUAUUCAGAGCUAACUGUCAGAUGUGUGUUGUAUAUAUUUGUAUAAAAAAAAGUGACCACUAAAAAUAAAAUUAAAAAUCUCAGAGAAGCCAUGGAAAGUGUGUGUGUGCCAGGUAUCACUAUGGGCAAAUUGCUUAAUCUCUCUGUGUGUCAGAUUCCUCAUCUAGACAAUAAGGAGUUUUCUUGAUAAAGACACUAAAAUUUUUUUGAGGGGUCAUUUCCUUCUCCAGCUCAUUUUAUAGAUGAGGAAACUGAGGCAAACAUGGUUAAAUGACUCAUCAAGGGUGACAACAUGUCUGAAGCAAAAUUUGAACUCAAGAAGUCCAUUUCUCUCAUGACUUUUUCUGAGGCUCCUUCCUCUCUAAAUCUGUGAGCCUGUAUUUGAUCUGGAACUUUCCAGUGGCUUCCCAAACAACUUAGGGAAGAGGAGGACUUAGGGUAUUCUGGGGGCCUUAUCCCCAGGUUUCAGGUGCUUUGAAGAGGUAUUGGGCUGAAGAAUAGCAACAUCAGUGGAAAUAGAAGGAAUAUGAAUUUUGCUGGAGUCCUAUCUGAAUGUUGGCAUUUAUGUAAUGCUUUAAGCUUUUCAAAAAUACUUUGAAUAUAGUAUUAUCUCAUUUGAUCCUCAGAACACUAAGAGAUAAUUUUGUUAUUACUCCAAUUUUACAGAUGAGGAAACUAAGAUGUAGAAAACCUAAAUGAUUUGCCCAGGAUCACACAGCUAAGAAGUGUCUGGUGACAGAAUUCAAAUUCAGGUCUUUCCUCCUGACUCCCAAGUCCAGGGCUCUCUGCACUAUACUACUUAAUUGCCUCUAAUUCUUAGACUAUUUUUCUACUCAUAUCUUAAAGUCUCAAAAUCUGAAUUUCUGCUUCCUUUAAUUUCCGACAGUUGAAACAUCACUGUCGUGUCUGACCUUAAAAAAAAUAAAAGGUACGGGGUCUCUGCUGCUAUGGUCAUCACGGCCAGUCUGAAGUCCUUGCUGCUGGCCAUCAGUCAGUACAGGGCAGUCAAGUCUGAGGCAAACACAAGCCAGCUGCUGUGGCAUUUGGAGAUCAUUUCUGGACAGAAACUUACGCGAUGGUUUACAUCAAACCAGAUACUGCCAAGUGAAUGCCUGAGCUGCCUUGUGGAACUUCUUAAAGACCCAAAUUUAAGCACUUCACUAACUUUAAGCAUCAUAAAUCUGUUAUCUCAACUAACUCUAGAUAGUGAUAUGAGAGAUUGGCUCCAGAAUACUUAUAAUCUGAAUAGCGUCUUGGCGGGAGUGAUAUAUCGGAGCAGCACUGUCCACAAUGACUCAGUAUCAUUGCAGGGCCUUCAACUUCUACAGAAGUUGACCUACAAUGUCAAAGUCUUCCAUUCUGGUGCUAAUUUUGAUGAAUUAAUUACAUUCCUAAUAAGUCACAUUCAGUCUCCUGAAGAUGAAUUAACAAUGUCUUGUCUAGGACUUUUGGCAAAUCUUUGUCGGCACAACCUAUCUGUUCAAACCCAAAAGUCCUUGAGUAAUGUAAAGGCAUUGUAUCGUACUCUCAUAAGCUUCUUAGCCCACAGUAGUUUAACUGUGGUUGUGUUUGCACUCUCGAUAUUAUCAAGUCUAACAUUAAAUGAAGAGGUUGGAGAAAAGCUAUUCCAUUCGCGAAACAUUCAUCAGACUUUUCAAUUAAUAUUUAAUAUUCUUGUAAAUGGUGAUGGUACAUUAACCAGAAAGUAUUCAGUUGAUCUUCUGAUGGAUCUUCUCAAGAACCCUAAAAUUGCAGAUUGUCUCACCAGAUAUGAGCACUUCAAUUCAUGCCUUAAUCAAGUACUAGGUCUUCUUCAUGGAAAAGAUCCUGAUUCUUCUUCAAAGGUUUUAGAAUUACUUCUUGCCUUCUGUUCAGUGACACAGUUACACCAUGUCCUCAGUCAGGUGGUAUUCGAAUCAUCUGCUUCUGGUAACACAAGACUGGGAAACCAUCCUAAAUCUUUAGAGCCAACAGUUGCUCUGUUGCGUUGGUCAAGCCAACCCCUGGAAGGAUCAGAAAACUGUUCUAUUCUAGCACUAGAAUUAUUCAAGGAAAUAUUUGAGGAUGUCAUAGAUUCUGCCAACUGUGCUUCUACUGAUCGUUUUCUGGUCCUACUGCUACCCAGCAUUCUCGAUCAACUUCAAUUCACAGAACAGAAUCUUGAUGACCAACUGACAAGGAAAAAAUGUGAAAGAAUGGCUAAGGCCAUUGAUGUUUUGUUGACUUUGUGUGGAGAUGAUACAUUAAAAAUGCAUAUUGCUAAACUUUUGACGACCCUCAGAUGUACAACUCUAAUAGAGCAACAGUUUUCAUGUAGCAAGAUUGACAUAGAAUUUGGAACAAAGGUAGCAGAUUCUGAACUUUGCAAACUUGCUGCAGAUGUUAUUUUGAAAACACUUGAACAUGUUAUGAGUAGACUUAAACAAUUGAUUCCUGGCAUGGAAGUCACUUUCUACAAAGUGCUUCAGGAUCAGCGUUUGGUUACUCCUUUAGCUUUUGCCUUAACAUCAGAGAACAGGGAACAAGUACAGUGUGGACUUGGACUGUUGCUGGAAGCUGCACCAUUACCUGACUUUCCUGCCAUAGUCCUUGGUGAAAGUAUUGCAGCAAACAAUGCAUAUAGACAUCAGGAAGCAGAGUAUAUGCCCAAAAGAAUUCAUUUACAGUCAGUGACUCCAACUCUUUCAACAUCUCUAAAGAGCUCAACUUCUCACCUUUCAAAUGAUAGCUUCCCUUGUUUAAAUAUUCAGGAGCUAAUACAGAAACUUCAGACUGGAAUGGAGAUGAAGGAUCAGAUAUCUGAUGUAAGAAUAUCUGACAUAAUGGAUGUCUAUGAAAUGAAAUUGUCUACAUUAGCAUCCAAAGAAAGUAGGUUACAGGAUCUUUUGGAAGCAAAAGCAUUAGCCCUUGCACAGGCCGAUAGACUGAUUGCUCAGUACCGUUGUCAAAGAACCCAGGCUGAAUCAGAGGCAAGGACUCUUGCUUCUAUGUUGAGAGAAGUUGAGAGAAAAAAUGAAGAGCUUGGUGUGUUACUGAAAUCUCAGCAAGUUGAAUCAGAACGGAUUUAGAGUGAUAUUGAGCAUCUCUUUCAACAUAAUAGGAAAUUGCAGUCUGUGGCUGAAGAACAUGAAGUGCUGAAAAAAUCCUAUAUGGAACUUAUUCAGAGGAGUGAAGCUUUGGAAAGGAAGAGUAAAGAUUUACAGAUCACAUGUGUUUCUCUAAACACAGAGACAGUGAAAAAAUUGAAUGAAUCACUCAAACAACAAAAUGACAGAACUAUUGCUCAAUUAAUGGAAACAGAAGAGCAAAGAAAAGAAAUACAGAAUCAGCUAGUGGAGAGAGAAUGUGUAAUAGCAAACUUAGAACAAAAAACAAAAGUACAUGAGGACAAAUUGAGAGCUCUGCAGAAAGAAAGAGAAGAUAUGGAAGAAACUAUUGAAUUUCUGAAAAAAGAAUUAAAUAGAACAGAGCAGACAAGAAAAGAGUUAAGCAUUAAGGCUUCCUCCCUGGAAGUUCAAAAGGCACAACUAGAAAGUCGUUUGGAAGAGAGAGAGACUCUGGUAAAACAGCAACAAGAGGAGCUGAACAAGCAUUCUCACAUGAUAGCGAUGAUCCACAGUUUGAGCGGUGGGAAAAUGAGUCCAGAGACAGUCAACCUCAGCCUCUAAAGCUUUGGCUGAAAACGUGUGGUCUUGUGUGUGUGUGUGUGUGUGUGUGUGUGUGUGUGUGUGUGUGUGUGUAUGUAUGCAUGGGUGUAUGUAUGUAUUUAUCUCUUGUCCCCCCAAAAGGUCAGUAAUGACUUUAAAAUGACAAGGAAAAUCAUUAACUAUUUUCAGUCUAGUAAAGAACCUGACAUGAUUCAUGUGUAUAAUAUUUGACCUUUUGAAUGGAACAAAUUAAAAUACUUUUCAGAUGAUUCUAUUCUGAUCAAACUGAGAGGCAGUGUGACAUAGUGGAUAGAGGAUUAGCCUUGGAGUUGGGAAGACCUGAGUUCAAGUUUUGCCCUUGACUCAGGGCAAGUUACCUAACCUCUCAGGGCCUUCCCUUAGAUCAAAGAUUAUAAAUCUUAGACAAGUUGCUGAUGUACAACAACUUUCCAGAAACAGACCUGGAGCAAACAAACAAAUUGGUUGACCUUUUGGAUGCAGUAACUGAUGUUUUGACUCGGGGAACUUUUAUCUUCUUCUCUUUCUACAUUAAAAAAAUAGAUUGUUCUUAAUGCAAUUUAAACAUACAUCUUAAUGUCUAUUCAAGAUAAAUUUAAAAUAUCUUAAAAAUUUAACCAAAUUAAAUGCAUUUGAACAGUUCAUAAAUUAUAAAAUGUUGUCCUAGAAACAAGUAUUUUAAAAUAUAAGGAUUAUUUUUGUAUAUAUACAUAGACACACAUGCACAUAUAUGUACAGUUUUACAAUUUAUAGGCAUUGACAUCCACAAGAUACUUUGAAAAAUAAUCAUUCUAUAUAUGUAUGCUUUAUUGUCCUUGGUAAAUACAUAUAGUUAUUUUAAUUAUAUAUUUUUUAUUUAUUACACAAAAAUAAAAUAGAAUCAUUCUUGACCAAGGUUUUGCCUAAGGUCUAGGUGCAAAAGAAGCCCAAGGCAUAAAGAAGAAUCAAUCAUUGACCUUUCCCAGAAUUUAAAGGAUUAUCUAGCCCAAUACCCUCCACUACCCUGGGUUUAAUUCUUAUGAUAUACUUUUAAUUCUUAAACUCAUUACUAUUUUCCCCUAGUUUUUCCCAUUAUAGAUAUAUAUCUAAACCAUAUGAGACAUUUGGUAGUUUCUUAUUUCUUUAAAUUUUCAGGAGUAGUCACCACAUCUUUUGGUUUGGUAGGCUAUAAGUCUAGGUGCCACAAUUUCAGCCCAUUUUCUUCUAGUUGUCUUUUCAUUAGGUGGAAGUAAACUUUUAAUAGAUGUAAUAUUAGUCAUGUCUUAUCUUUCUGUCUUUCUUAUUUUUCUAUCCUUUGUUAGGAUCCUCUGUUUUAUUUUGUUUUUUCCAAAUAGACCCCCCCCAGCCCCCUUAAAAAAAAUCUAAACAUAUGUUGUUUUUGUGUUACGAUUUUUGGUUACUUCUAGAUCUAAAGGUGGCAUCAGCGAAGCCAAACAUUGGUUUUAGCUGAAAACUGUUUUGUUUUUAAAGCUCAGAUUUCAUUUUGUAAAUAUUUUACUAUUUUUAAUAUUUUGAGCAAAUAGUCAAAAAGUUUCUUGUUGUAUCUCUUUACUAAUAACUAUGAAUUCUUGCAUGUUUUCAAUGGUUACUUGAAAAGUAUGCAAAAAAUAUUAGCGGAUUAUCAUGGCCCAAAUGGUUUCAAAAGUGUUUCCUGACAAAACAAAAAACAAAAGACAAACCUCACAAAUGACUUCCUUGUUAAUAUUUGAACUAAUAUCAACACAACUCCUUUUACCUUCUAAUAAUUUAGUCAGUGUUAAAGCAACUUUAUUUUGGUCUUUAACAAAUGAGUUUUUAUUUUACAUGAUACUAUUUCUUUGUUGGACUUCUGACUCCUAUUCUUUUGGUAAGUGUGUUAGAAGUCAAGAAGUACCCAUUAAAGACAUUAUAACAAGGAAGAGUAAUGAUUGAAUUUAUGCCUUAUAAUUCUAUUUGCUUGACUAUCAUGAAGGCUCAUUAUAUUUUUAGAAAACAGGUUCUGUCUUUGUUAGAAGCCCUAUAAAAAAACAGAAGGUAACUAAUAAACCCAGAAGGCUAAUAGGAGAACUCAAGUGGAUAGAUGUAGUUUCUACUUAGAGAACUCCCUAAAUACCCAACCAUGGUCUCUGGGUAUUCUAACCCCCUGUUAGUGAGAGUAAAGCAGAAUCACUUUCUCUCACUGAGCUUGUUGCGCAAAACCCCUUGGAGACAAUGUUAUAUAAAAUCAGUAUUUCUAUUUAUUCAAAGAGAGGGUACAAACUGAAGAUCAGAACAAGGUGUCCCUGACUCUAAGGGAUCUAGCUAUCCAAUCCACAACAAUCUACAUCCUUCUUAAGAGGGAGUCUUCUGUUCUUCAAGCUCAUCUACCAGCUCCCUAUUUUUACCUAGGUGUUCCCCAAAAAGAGCUGGCUAAGCUGCCUAUCUAUGACCCUCAGUAGUUGGUAUGAUUGCGUUCAAAAGCUGUCUCCAUAACCCAUUAUGAUUGCUCUCAAAAUGGCUAAGUCCACUCCAGUGGGUCUGACCCUUGAGGUAAAACCUCAAAGCCAAACUGACAGGAUUUUAGACAAAAAUUUCUGGAAAGUUAAUAAAAACGCAGUAGGUAUAGUCAGAUCCUUUGCCAAACAGAACCUCCCCAGAUGAUUUUAGGGUUUUUCCUUCUCCAUAGACAGGCUGAAGUAGCCAAGCUCUGACAAGCCAGCCUUUCUUCCUCCCUUCAAAACAGGAAGAGCACCUUCCCUUCCAUAGGACGCCACUCACUAAUGGUUGUCGCUUCCAAACUGUUCCUCCUCUGCCCCCUGCCUGUUAAAAUCCUUUCUCUAGAGUUCCUAGCAUGUACCUUAAAGAUAACCUUCCACUUCUCUUCAAUCUUAUCCAUAUCUCUAUCCUUUUCCCAUUACUUUUCCUUCCUCUGAUCACUUGAGUAAAUUUGUGGAAGACAAAUUCUCAUAUGAUAAUUAGUAAAUAUAUAAAUCCUCCUUAUUGUAAACUUAUUAUACUUACCCAAAAUAACAAACAGACAGUCCUAUUCUAAGCUUAUCUAUCUUUCGUACUUAUAUUCACUACCUUAACCUAGGGAUAUAAUAUAGGGAAAAAAGGGAAAUAGAGAAUUACAAUAAACCUUUUUACAGAAAACAGAAACAAAAUCCAAACAUUUGCAAAAAAAACAACCAAUAGUAGAUAAUUCAAAAUACUAAAUUCUAAAGAAUAAAAUUCCAAAAACGCAACUUUUACAAAAAUAGUUGUUACAAAGAACAUUUUGUCAUUUUAAAACUAAUACAGAAAACCAACUUUGCCUAAAAAUCUUAUACUAAUCUAGCAUAAUUGCAAAGAGGAAAUUCCAACAAACUCAAUGUAGCUUAUGCUUUUACAAAAACAAUAAUAUCUAUCUAAUUAUGCAAAAAAAUUAUUCCAAAACUUGUGCAAAAAAAACUUAUACAUCUAAAAAUCUUGUUUGAACAAUUCAAAUUUUCUCUAUGCUAAACCUUAUCCUAGUACAGAAAACAAAAUUGAUUACAGAUAACUGAAAACUGAGUUUACUAUCUUCAAAAUCUAAAUUUUUUUAUAAAAUUAUAACUGCACAUAGCUAGUUUACAGAAAUCUGUACAUAUGUAUAUCUGUGCACAAAUGACUUCCUGUACAAAUCUACAAAUAUAUACAGAUCUAAUAAAAAAAUUUAAGUCUUGCAACUUUGUAACUAUUCACAAUGUAAUAUAUAGAACCUGUACAUUAGUUACAUUUUUACACAUUUUGCUAUUUUAUGUAUGCUGAAUAAAGAAAAACAAACCCUUAAAAAAAAUAAAAGGUAAAACUACAAAUACAUAAGCUAAUUAUAGGUGUUUAGUCAAUUUAGAAAAGGUAAACUUUAUCUUUUUAAAGAAUUUUUUGAGGUUUAUUUUCCAGAUUGCAUGUUGAUACAAUUUUUUUCUUGCAUUUUUUGUCAUGCAAAACAAAUUUCCCUAUUGGUCAAUGCUGUAAUAUUGCACUCAGAUAUAACUAAAAUCCCCAAAUAAAACUGUAAAUCCACUGUUGUGAAAGAUGACUCCCAACAGUUCUUUCUCUGGAGGUGAAUAGCAUUCUUUGUCAUGUUGUUCAGGAUUGUCUCAAAUCAUUGCUAAGAGUACCCAGGUUUUCACAGAUGAUCAUCAUCUAAUAUUGCUGUUAUUGUGUAUAAUGUUCUCCCAGUUUUGUUUAUUUCACUCUGCAUCAGGUCCUGUAGAUCUUUCCAGCUUUUUCUGAAAUCAUCUUGUUUGUCAUUCCUUAUAGCACAGUAAGUAGUACUCUAUCACCAACAUUUGCCACAGUUUGUUCAGCCAUUCCCCAAUUUAUGGACAUCCUCUCAAUUUCCAAUUCUUUGCCACCAGAAAAAGAGCAGCCAUAAUAGAUACAAUUUUUAAUAAUCAUUUUCUGACAUUUUAUGACUUAUGUUGUUUUUCUCCUUUCCACUUCUCCCCUGUCCCCGAGAUGUGAGGUAUUAUGAUAUAGAUUAUAUAUAUAUUAUUAUAAAAUACAUAUUUCCAUGUUUGUCUUGUUAUAAAAGAAGACAUAUAUUGCUUACACAGAUUUUUUCAGAACUGUACUCUAACUCUAGAUUAAAAUUCUUUUUCCCCUCUAAGCAAAAUAUAUUACCAAAUAGGUUUUAUAUUACAUCUUUGGAAAGCUUGAUCAUUUUUUAGGCCAUAGAAUAAGCCAGUGAUAUACCAGAUAUGUACCCAUGGUCCAUAUGCCAAAGAUGGCAUGCAAAGCCCUCUUUGUGCUCAAGCCUGCAGUUGCCAGACAGAGUUCCUUACUAGAAAGCCAGAAGGCCUUAGGCCAGGGGUCCGCAAACUUUUUAAAUAGGGGGCCAGUUCACUGUCCCUCAGACUGUUGAAGGGCUGGGCUAUAAAAAUCUAACCCUAACCAGGCAUCAGUAAACAGUGCAGAAUCCACUCCCCCAGAUCGCUGCUCACCAUGCUGACAUCUUCCAUCAUGCAGCCACAUAAUCCUUUGUUCUUGUUCUUGUUCAGUUACUCUCAGAACAAGGCACCACACAAAGGAUUAUGUCACUGGAAGUAGUACUGUACGGGAGCUACGCUGUGGUUUGUGGCACUGCCACAUACAAUGCUCCUCUCAUUGACCACCAAUGAAAGAGAUGCCCCUUCUGGAAAUGCUGUGGGGGCUGGAUACAUGGCCUCAGGGGGCCACAUGUGGCCUGUGGGUAUAGUUUGGAGACCCCUGCCUUAGGCCAAGCUGUUUUCCUCCCCCUCUCUACACUCUUUGAGGACAUUCAUCACUUCCCCCACCUCUCUGCCCAGCAGCCAAUGGGAGUGCUUCCUCCCUCAUCUGUCUGGGGUAAGGCACUUGGGGACUGGGGUGCAAGUGGCUCCCAUGCUGUGUGAGGGUAUGGCACAGACAACAGCCUGUUGAGACUGUGGAAAAGGUGUUUCCUGUGGUGGGGUUGGAGAGGAGCUAGGUUUAAGGGGAGCACAGCUCACAGCCUGGCAUAGCUGGAGGGGAGUAGAUCACUUGGGCCACUCUCCUACCCCUCUCCACAGGCACCUCUCAUCACCCACCCUCCUGCCCAGCAGUCCAAUGGGAGCACUUCCUCCCCUGUCUGGGUAAGGAUCAGGGUGGGAGGUAAGGUGGGGAGGGUAUGGUGUGGCACACAGUCUCUUGAGAGGGACCAGCCUACCUGCACUUGAUCUGUGGAGUUGAGUGGGGUGGCAGUGGGUCCUGGCACUCCACCUCUGAAAGGCUCACCAUCAUUCCACUAAGCUAAACAUAAAAAAUUGUUUUUUCAUAAUUUUUUUAAAGCCUUACUUUGUGUCUUAAAAUUGGUACUAAGUAUUGGUUCCAAGGCAGAAGAGUAGUAAAGGCUAAGCAGUUGGGGCUAAAUGACUUGCCUAGGGUCACACAGUUAGGAAUUGUCUUAGGCCAGGUCCUCCUGAUUCCAGACCUGACUAUCCACUAAGCCACCAGCUGCCCCAUGAUAAUUUGUUCAGUCAUUUUUGUUGUUAUUGUGUCUGAUGCUUCAUGACUCCGUUUGGUGUUUUCUUGGCAAAGAUAAUGGAGAGGUUUGUUAUUUCCUUUUCUAGUGCAUUUUAUAGAUGAGGAAACUGAGACCAAAAAAAGGAUUAAGUGACUUGUUCAGGGCCACACAGCUAGGAAGUGUCCGAAAAAAAUUUGAACUUAGGAAGCUGAAUCUUCCUGACCCCAUACCUAACCCUCUAGUCAUUGUGCCACCUAGCUGCCCCAUAAAUUCUUAAAGUGAAAGUUAAGCAAAAAAUGACUUAAAAUAUUUACAUUCU